AUGCAAAGGGCAUCUCAGUCGGUGGGCACUGACCCAGGUGCCAAAGACUCAUUGGCAGAAGUGCCCAACUGGAGGACUCUGGUGAAAUCAAGAUUCCCCCUCCCAAUCGCGCUGGUGGGUUGCGCGCACCUGUCGCCGGGAGCGCCUGGACAUGCCUCGCGGCUGCGCUCCGGGGCGCUUGGAUACCUGCGGCCGUCUCACCUGCCUGCCGGGUCGGAUCUGAGCCACGACGCAACCAUGUCCCUGCCCAAAGAUCCCAAAGGAUCCUUGGAAAAGCGCAAAGUCGGAACAAAGAAGAAAAGACCACCCAUUUUAAGAAUGCCCUCGGUUAAUAAACAGUCACCUGUCCCUGCAACACCACCAAGGAACUUGGACUCCAGGACUUUUAUCACCAUUGGAGAAAAGAACUUUGAAGUUGAGGCCGAUGACUUGGUGAGCAUCUCCGAACUGGGCCGAGGUGCUUACGGCGUGGUGGAGAAAGUGCACCACGCGAAGAGCGACACGAUCAUGGCUGUGAAGGAUCACCCCUUCUUCACUCUCCAUGACACCAGUGACCCCACAGUGACCGAGAUGGCUUCCUUCGUCACGGAAAUCCUCGGGGAAGACUCUUAA